CCUUUCCCUCAUGUUUGAUCCCAUUAGGCGUCCACCAACCCGCACGCACCUUUCAAGCACUUUUGUUUCUGCCUACUACUCACUGUCUACCUACUGUACCCUACCUCUCUGCUGUUGGAUCGAAAAUUUAAAAAACUACUACUAUUACUUAACAACGAGUUUGGUCGGUACAAACUAAAUAAAAGAAAUAAUUCCUAACCUAUACGAUCCCGACAGCGUAUGCAACUCGAACCCCCAAAACCAACCCGAAGCACGCACGUCACUCGAGUUAGCCAAGCUUUGGCUUUGCGCCGCGCGCUGUGACAGGCUGCUUGCGAAUGCUCAGCCUCAUGCUCCCCCCCCCUUCUAUCCUCUACCCAAUUUGACGAGUUGUGAUACAUCGUCUUUUGAUUGUUUUGUUUUGUUUUUUACCUAACCGACUUGAAGAGAGGCUGCUCCAUCUUCUGCCUCCCACACCUUAGAAUCAAAUAAACCACACCACUUUGGCACAUCACAUCGCAUCCUACUGUCGCAUCCAGAUUUCGCUCGUCAUUUAACUACCCCGCCAAUCGUACUUCGACUUCUCCGAGAUCGAGUUCCACCAGCCAGCCAGCUGACGACGCUGACGCACCAUGGCUGCCGUGCCAUUCAAGGUGAAGGCCGUCUACGAAUACACAUCGGGACACGAGGACGACCUACCUUUCUCCAUCGGCCAAAUCAUAACAGUUACUGACGAGGAAGAUGCUGACUGGUACGGCGGUGAAUAUGUUGACAGCCUGGGCAUGAAGCAAGAGGGAAUAUUUCCUCGAAACUUCGUUGAGAAGUAUGAGCCCACUGCCCCGCCUCGCCCAACAAGAGCACGCAAGAAGGAGGCGGAACCCACAGCUACUUCUUCACCUCUACCGCCGCCUCCCGCUUUUUCAGCCGUGCCCCCGCCGGUAGAGGAGCCAGAGGACGUACAAACAGAGGUCCCUUACGAAGAACCACGCGUUGCUUCGCCGCCUAUUCCUGCUCCAGAGCCCCGCUCCCCAGUAGCUCCUGUGGCUCCUGUAGCCAAACCACCGGAAACAGCUCCUAUCCCAGCCCCUGUUCCUGUCGAACCUAAGGUUUCUCAACCAGCGAGCCCACCAGUCCCAUCUGUUGCCACUCAGUCGGCGCCAAGGGCUCCAGCUCCAGCCCCAGCUCGUGCUGGCCCCCCACCCGUAUCUGAGAAACCCUCUAGUAAUUCUUUCAGAGAUCGUAUAGCGGCAUUCAACAAGCCGGCGGCUCCUCCUGUCGCGCCUUUCAAGCCUAGUGGGCUGGGCUCCGGCAGUUCCGGAUUUAUCAAGAAGCCAUUCGUUGCUCCUCCACCCAGCAGGAAUGCCUACGUCCCCCCACCUCGUGAAGCCCCUACCACUAAGGUUUAUCGACGAGAAGAAGAUCCCGAGAUUAAAGCUAAAGAGGCGGAGUCUCUGGAAAAUGCGGAGAGGGCUGGUCUGGUUCCCACAGCACAAUCGGAGGAACAAGAAGAGGAUCAACCUAAGCCAACCAGCUUGAAAGAACGAAUUGCUCUACUCCAAAAGCAACAAGCUGAAGCAGCCCAACGACAUGCCGAAGCUGCCGCGAAAAAGGAAAAACCUAAGCGUCCCCCAAAGAAACGUACCGAAAGCGAAGAAGGUGCUCCAGCAGAGGAGAUAGGAGAUGUGCCCCCUCCUUUAGAGAGAAAAGAUACGGCCGAAGUUGCUAGCAAGAAAUCUAUAGACGAACCUAGACCUAGACAAUCAUUAUCUGUCCGACGGAAGUCCUCUGCGGCCCACGCCGAAAACGAUGGAAACGAGGCGGACAUGUCUGGUGCGGGAGAUACAACGGAGGGACAAGAAGAUCUUACCGAAAGAGAAGACAGUGAUGAGAAGUCUCGUCCUCAUAGAGGGGCUGCUCCCGAACCAGAAAUUCCAGAGGAUGAAGAGGAAGGGGAAGAAGAAGAGGACGUCGACCCUGAGGUAAGACGAAAAGAGGAGCUCCGUGCUAGGAUGGCAAAGAUGAGUGGCGGUAUGGGUAUGAUGGGUAUGCAUGGAAUGUUCGGUGCACCCGCGAUGAUGCCCCCAUCAGCCCCAGCAUCAGCCAAGAAGCCUAAAGCCUCACCGCCAACAGAACGUCGUUCAAGCGAAAUACAGGAAGCCCCCUCGUCACCUAGAAUGGCCGUCCCUCCGGUACCCACUAUGAUGGCCCUACCUGGAAUGGGAAAAUCGAAACAGCAGGAGGAAGAGGAAACUGCUGAGUCUGAGCAUGAGGAACCAGGUGGGCAAGACACUACACCGGUCGUUAGUGCUCAACCUACUGGUUCAAUUGUAGAACCUCCAUUGAAAGGUCCUGGCGCUCCACCUCCUGUCCCUGGAGGACGACCUGCACCGCCUCCGGUACCAGCAGAUUCUCGACCUCCCCCGCCUCCGCCUCCGCCUGGCGGCGUAACAUCGCCUAGCCAAGGUUCUGAAUCCGACGAUGAAUUGUCCGAGAAUCCGCAGAGAGCUCUUGAAACCCCUCGAGGUGAAGUCCCCCCUAGUGCUCGAAUGCCUCCUGUCCCUAUAGCGUCCCCCACCAUUCCCACCUCGCCACGACUCGCUGGUAGACGGACUUCUUACAUGGGUGAAGAAGCUAUUCCAUCUUCACCGCCGCCGCCCCCGCAGCCAAGCAAGAGGAACAGCCGUCCGCCGCCUCCUAUUCCAGGUGCUGCUCCACCUGUCCCUACUCAAGGCCGACCUCCACCCCCUCCACCUCCAGGUAACCCCCCAAGUCGUUCUUCUACGGCUGACGAACGAAUCACAUAUCCCAUGAGGCCAGGAGCAUUGGAUAAUGGCGAAGAGGGAGAAGUGACUGAGUACGAGGGUGAUUACGAUACCGAUAUCGGAUCUUCGGUUCAUCAUAAGGAUGCUCUUAAGGCGCAUGCACGAGAUUCAAGUCUAGAUGAUAGCACUCCGGUGCGUUCACCUGUUACCGAAGCUCCGCCGUCUUUGCCUCCGCCUCUUCCUAAUGCCGCUGCUCCGAGAGGUGGCCCUCCGCCGAUCCCGAGUCAACCCGCACCAAACACAAGACUAUCGAUAGACGCACCUCGUGCCGUCCCUCCACCCCCGCCGCCUCCGAAGGAAGUGCCGUAUUCCUAUGAGGAGGAGGACUACGACCCAUACAACUACAAUAGCCCUACCUCUUCGGCUCCUCAAAGUGCAACAGUUCCGGAUGAGCCGACACCUAUCCCGGAGCCAGCCUCUGCGUACCAUUCGCCGCCUCCCCCGCCACCAGUAAAUCGAGGCCCCCCACCAACACUGCCUGCUAAUAGGCUGCCGCCUCGGAAAUCUUUGGAUGUUCAAAGGCCAGGUGGAAGAAGAUCAAUCGACAACACCCGACCCUCCAUGGAAACUAGUUACGUGGCGAACGAUGUCGAGCUAGCUGUCCAUACACAAUGGUGGCUUUCGCCAAACGGAGUUCCUCCAGUUUUCCAAGGUAGAAAGGACAUCUAUACAGAACAUGACGAGUCGACUUCCGGAACAGGGGUCAUCAAAGAGGUCUUCAUCCUAUUCCAAGAUUAUUCGCAAACUGUCAUCACCAUCAGUUUCGAUACACAAGACCUCUUAGGUGCUCAACUUGAGCAACGUCAUGAACCCCCUCCUCGAUCUCUUCGCCCAGACCAGCUAGAAGAGGCUUAUGAGCAGUUUGGCCGAUCAUUAGCUAGCGCUGUAGCAGGGAAGAAAGAUUCUAUUGUUGGCGAUGGAAGUCCACAAGCACUAGUUUUCGAGCUCCUCAAACCUCUCAAAAACGCUCUACUCCCAGUUGGCACACGUUCCUACGGUGCCUUAGUCUACGCGAAUCUCGCCAAUGCUUCAACACAGUUGAACGACCAAAUUAGACCCGGAGACAUUGUUUCCAUUCGCAAUGCAAAAUUCCAAGGAAAACAUGGGCCUAUGCAUGCGAAGUAUUCGAUGGAAGUAGGCAAACCGGACCACGUGGCCAUCGUCUCGGAGUGGGAUGGUGUCAAGAAGAAGAUUCGGGCUUGGGAACAAGGCCGUGAGAGCAAGAAGGUAAAACAGGAAAGCUUCAAGCUAGAAGAUCUCCGAAGUGGCGAGGUCAAGAUCUGGCGGGUUAUGCCGCGCAGUUGGAUCGGGUGGAGUUCGGGUUAGCAAUGCCGAAGACCAUCCUACGAGUUCCUAUGGCCGAUACUCGUGAGGGUCGGCGCGGACGGGAGGGUUAGCGUGGACAGCCCGAUGCAAAUCCCGCUUUAAGCCCUAUCUUCACCCGUACUUGUUAGUUAGUGAGCAGAGAUGAUGAUGGCGAUGACUCAGGAAAGUAAUAGAAUCAUUUUAUGAUACGAAAGCAUGAAACGGGGUUACGAUCGCCAAGAGAUACGCAACGAUUUCCAAACCAGGUUUUUGGGGUCAAGAGAAAAGAGCAAAGCAAGGCAAAGCAACCUUGGAAGGCAAAGCAUUCGUUGAGGAGUUCAUGUCGUUCAUGUUGAUAUCACAAUAACUACCGAUGAUUGGUGUUCUACUACUACCACCAACCAACUCACUUCGCUCAUACGGUAUCCUACGUAGCUUAUUGCAAACUUGCAUUUGUACCCAGUCAAACACAUAGCUUGUAACGUUAUUACUACUACUAUUAUUAUCUACAACCAGAUGUGAAAUAUCAAGCUAAAG